AUGAGGCACCGCGACCUCGGCCCAGAGCAGGAGAAGGAACAGGGGGGUUAUAGUCAUACUGCUCCAGCACCAGGCCACGGUAUCUUAUUGCGAUUCACAACCCUGACUAAAAAACCUACGGGCCAAAGUCUCAACCCUAAGCGACUCAAAAAUUUGGGAAGUUACAUUUGCGCCGCUUGGGGUUCUCUGCAGUGCCAGCAGCCGAACUAUGAUGAGAAGGCUUGGGUUCAAGGGUCGACACAAAUUGCGUCCCAAGGUCCAAGGUCCCAAGGUUCGACGCUUAGACUAACAACACAGCUGACUCUCCAGCGAUAA